GGCGCGGGGGCCCCAGCCUCUGGGAUUAGUCCCGGGGACCCAUGGCCCGGAGGGGGUACCGGGGACGAGGUGGAAUCUCGGGGCCAUUCGAAAGCUUGGGGCAGGAAUUAUGCUUCCAUCAUCCGCCGUGACUGCAUGUGGAGUGGCUUCUCCCCCCAGGAAGGACUGGAGAGAGUAGUGAACGACCGACUCGCUCCAGGCGCGCCCCGGGGGAACCCGCCCAAAGCGCCCGCCACCCCGGACUGCACUCCCAGUCUGGAAGCCAGUAACCCGGCGCCCGCCACCCCGUGUCAACUGGGCGAGCCCAAGACUCAGGCCUGCUCCGGGUCCGAGAGCCCCAGCGACUCCGAAGGCGAAGAAAUCGAUGUGGUGACGGUGGAGAAGAGACGAUCUCUGGACAUCCGCAAGCCAGUUACCAUCACGGUGCGAGCAGACCCCCUGGACCCCUGCAUGAAACACUUCCACAUCUCUAUCCAUCAACAACAGCAUAACUAUGCUGCCCGCUUUCCCCCAGAAAGUUGCUCUCAGGAGGGGGCUCCAGAGAGGGGUUCCCAGGAAGAGGCUCCAGAGAUAGAAGCUCCCAAGGAGAAAGAGGAAGAGGAGGAGGAGGAAGAGGAGGAAGAGAUUGUGAGCCCCCCACUUGUAGAAAGCGAGGCUCCCCAAUCCUGCCACCCCAAACCUGUCAGUUCUGAUACUGAGGACGUGACCAAGAGGAAGAACCAUAAUUUCUUGGAACGAAAAAGGAGGAAUGACCUCCGUUCGAGGUUCCUGGCCCUGCGGGACCAGGUGCCCACCCUGGCCACCUGCUCUAAGGCUCCCAAAGUCGUGAUCCUAAGCAAGGCCUUAGAGUACUUGCAAGCUCUGGUCGGGGCUGAAAAGAAGAUGGCUACAGAGAAAAGGCAGCUCCGGUGUCGGCAGCAGCAACUGCAGAAAAGAAUCGCGUACCUCAGUGGCUACUAACCGACCAAAAAGCCUGACUUCUCUCUCUCUCUGUCUCUCUCUGUCUCUCUCUGUCUCUCUGUCUGUCUCUCUGUCUGUCUAUCUCUGUCUCUCUCUCUCUCACACACACACACACAUACACACACACACACACACACACACACACACACGUUUAUUUUUUAACCUCUCUCUCCCUUUUAGUAAUUUGCACAUUUUGGUUACAGCGGGACAGUCUGGACAGUAGAUCCCAGAAUGCAUUGCAGCCAGUGCACACACAAUAAGGGCUUGCAUUCUUGGAAACCUCGAAACCCAGUUCUCCCUGACUCAUGGGAGUGCUGUUUUCUCUGGCGCCUUUGGCUUCUCAGCAGGCAGCUGACUGAGGAGACUUGGGGUCUGCCUCACUCACUAGCACCAGAGAAAAGGCUGACAGAUGCUAUGCAACAGGUGGUGGACGAUGUCAGGGGCUGCAGCCUGCAUGAAAUCUCACACUGUGCGAGAGCUUUAGGCUAGGAAAGGAUGCUGCUCCCACUGGUGUCUCUGGGGAUGAUGCAAGGACAGCUGGGCCUGGAUACUGUCCCCCAAGGCUCUGUUUUCCAGGAGACAAGUGAGCUGUCCUGGGUGAAGACAAGCUCACAGACUUGAUCAGCAUGGACCAUUACCUCACUGUCAGACACUUUACAGUAGCUGAGGAGUGGAAACCUUUAGGAUAUAUUAGGAUAUUAGGCCACACCCUUCCCUCCACUCUCACUGCUAUGACUUUGAAAACAUUUAAAGGGCUUGGCCUGUAGAGUCUUUGUCUCAGAGCUCUCUAGGCCUUCUCAGAGAGGGACCUGUCUAUCCUCACAGGGGGACUUUUUUGUUUCUUUCUGCCUUUGUUAUGCAAUGGGCGCCGGAGCAUCCUUCUACACAGAUAAGAACUAUUUCUCCGGGAUGUAGGAAAAUGGGGAAGGCUUGGCAUCCUGGCUCAUGAACAUGUUCCUUGCCUGGGUGUUUUCUGCAGGGCCAUUUGAAGCCCAGCUUGGAGCCUUUUCUCAAGGCAGAUAUAAGGCACCUCAGAAGGAAGUGCCUAACCACUUCCUCUUUCCCAACUGCCUCUCAAGUCAGUCCUUGACUUUGUCUAAAUUCUGCUGGAACAGUGCAAACCUAUUCUUCUCAAGCAACUUCAAGGAGUUUGCUGGCUCUGCAGCCAUCAUCCUGGCCCUUUCCCUGAAAUCUGGGCCUUACAGGUACUCUGAGGAGUGCUGCUUGGAUUCAUCAGGUGCCCCAGAAGGUACACUCACUUCCCCGUGGGUUGUUAAGGUGCCUCUAGGAGCACUGUUCAGCCAACUACCAUAGGUUUUGCUCCAGCUGUGUUCUGCAGCACCAUAUGGAAUCUAGGUACGGUCCUCAAUAGGAAAAGUCACCCAAGCUAGCAGCAGUCCCGUGGGCAUCCUCAGGCAAUCCUAAGCUUUGCCUGAAAGAAGAGUCAACCUUCUCAGAACUUUGCCCAGGAAGGCAGAUUCCUUCCUGCUGGCCCUGGGUUUGGAAGCAGGGGAACAGUGUGGAGAACAGACAGAUAGUAACUGCUACCUGUGGCUCUUCAAAUUUGCCAACCAUGAUGGCCUCACCUUGCUUCCUAGCCUCAGAGAGUCCUAGAGGAAGCGUUGGAAGUAGCUGUUCUGCCUGCUGGGGCAGGACUUUCAGGCACCAAGGGCCUCCUGGGACUAUGUUGGGUGGACAACUGGGGAACAGGCUACUGAAGACUCAUCUGAACGACUUGUGUUUUAUAAGCUGCUGUUGGGUUAUGUGUUGCGGGAGUCUUUUUUUUUUUUAUACUGUAUUUUUGUAUGCUUUUUGCAAAGUGGUGUUAACUGUUUUUGUACAAGAAAAACAAACAAACAAACAAAAAACCUCCUGUUGCAAGGGUCUGGUUUAUUUUGAAAGGCAAGUUUACCUGAAAUUUUGUAUUUAGUUGUAAUCAUUAAUUGCUUGAUUUAAAACUGUUGCCUUCUGGGACAUCUUCUAAUAAAAGAUUUCUCAAAAAUG